UUGUACAUUGAAGCCGUUCGGAACUUUUCACUGAAACAAACCAAGUGUCAUGUAGAAGAAGAUCGUCGCAUUCUUGAGAUGAAGAUUGAAGAGUCCUAUGUCUCGAAGGAGCAUUUCGAGGUCUUGGUGCAGGCGACGGUGAUCGCGCUGAUGGCCCGUAGCAUGGCCUUCCGCGCGGGGAGGUCUCCGAUCCUCUAUGCGACCUACUUCCAGCCCUGGGUGCUAUUAGCGCGUGAUCUGGGUAUGGAUGAACUCGCAAAGGCACUUGAGAGCUGCAAUUGCUUAACCUGGCGGCGGGUAAGCACAAUUUCUUCCGAAGGAAAUGCCGUGCGGCCCUUGAAGUCGGGUGGAUCUGUCAGCUCUGCAAAUUGGUCAACCAGCCUCGACCGGUCGCCUAUCUCUGAAAAGAGCCAUCCGUUGUCACCAGAAAGCCAAGAUGAGCUCAUGCAAAUGAGCAUUGGAGUGAACUCAUUGCUUUUUCACCAGGUAAUUUCGGAUUGGUUUGAGAUCGAUGUAGUACCGAUCCUCUCAAAAUUCCAAGUGGCAAGUACCAAAUGAAGGGCUUCUUCGCUCUGUGCGCAUGCUGAGCGCAUGCAGGUCAUUCAAGGCACUGGAGAGGUGUUGGAGGAAUCUUUCACCAAAUUUAGAUUUUGGAACCUUGGAGAUGGUGGACACUUUCUUCGGAUUCCGGGACCGUGGCAUGAGACUGCGAUUCAGC